AUGACUUCGAUGUAUACUGCCUCCAGUAUACAUUCGAAGUCAACACUUUCAAAGAAGUAUGAAGUAGACACCAGCGCUAUGUGGAAUGCUGACGAGAAAUACGGAAUCAAAGAUGAAAAAACAAAUUUUCAAAUGAUGUUAUCAGGCUUUCGUAUACAAUUCUCUAUGGAUGUUGGCAGAUACAACGAGGUGCAUCCAUUUCUAAAUAAAUUGCGAGAAUUCGUCUUUCCUUUUUUUGCAAUUUUAGGGGCAUCUGGUAUUUUAAUGAUUGAAGAAACAAAAUCAAAAUUUUACUCAUUAUUCAUCAAAAUAUUACAAUACAUUAUCAUUAUUUUACCUACGGAUGCAAGCCUUAAUAUUUACAUCGCUUUUAAUGUAUCUUUAAUCUUAAUUUAUAUGGCAUUGGUUUAUAUGCUAUUCAGAAAUGUUCUUCGUUACAAAAAUAAUAAUACAGCGGCUUCUCUUGAUAUAUAUCUUUGGAUAAUUUUUUCCAGAAUCACUUGUCCGAUUACUACAUGUUAUAUAUCGUAUUACUUUUGGUCAAACUUAUGCGCUUACAUUGCAGAUCCUAAUCAAAAGCAUGGAAUCAACUUAAUUUUAUCAAUUCCUCUUUACAUUCUUCAGAUCAUGUACAUAUUCUUCUCCUGUUCUGUAUACAACGCUACACCGAUCAUACGACCAAAUGAUGUUUCCCAGUUAUGGUAUUCUCAUUCAGGAUUAGAUACCGAGAUUAACCUUGUUUUAUCGAUCAACAUAUUCGUUCAGUGCGUAUUGAAUUAUUUAAAUAGUCCUACAAAAGAAAUUGUUUACAUCGUAAUUAUCGUAAUUCUCGCAAUUUUUUUCGGUUACAAAAUUUUAUAUUUUUUACCGGGAAUUGUAUUAAAAUACAAUGCUGUUUUGAUGGCAGCAGCAAUAUCUGUGUAUCCAUUUGCUUUUUUCCCAUUAGUUAUUUAUUAUUCGACGAAAGCAAGUCCAUAUUAUUUUCUUGCCUGCAUUAUUUUCAUUCCCAUCGCGUAUACAAUCUCCAAAUGCCUUAUUACCAUCAAAUGCAAACGUAUUAUCAAGAAAUUCAAUGAUCUACGCGCUUCAGAAGAAAAUGAAGAUACAUCAAUAGAUCCAUUAUCAGCAGCGAUACUAAAUUUGAAUCAGACACAAAAUGUGGACUUCGCUAAGUUGAAUAUUUCAGGAGAAAAGGAACUUUCUCUAUAUUUAAGAGUUGGAUUUUUAUUUAAUGUUCCAGAAAUUGACGAUCAAAGGUUUAUUAAAUGGUGUAUUGACCAAACACUUAAAGCAGAUCUCCUUUUAAGUGCUUGCCAAGUAUCAUAUGCAUUACAAAACGAUAUGAGAAUGUUAAAUACUUUGGCCGGCCAUGUUUCAAAACUUUCAUCAGGUCCUUUCAAUUCCAAGAGCUUUGUGAUAUUGUUUGAUAACUUACGACAAGAGCUUUUAACACAAGCGAACCAACCAUUGUUAGAAGCAAUCUCCAAAUGUAAAAGAGCGAGUUAUUCAUUACAAAAUUAUUGUAUUGAAUUUUGGAACGCGACAAUCAAACAGAAAAUCAAAGGAAUGAUUGAUUGUUUACCAUUAAUUUCCAACGAAAUGAUAAGAACAGAACAGCUUUUCCAAUGUUUGAUGAGGAAUUAUCCUACAUCGCAAACAGUUUAUCGAGAAACAGUUAUUAUUUAUCAUAAAUCUCUUGGUGAUCACAUAAAAACAAUUGAAACACAAAUGAAACUGAACAGAUUAAAAAACAAAAAUAACCAAGAUCCUGAUAGUUCGUCAUCAUCAAACGAAUUCGAUGAUGUUGAUGACAAUUUCUUACAACAAAUGGAUCCAUGGAUAAAUGUUCAAAAUGUUAUUUCAAAUAUCAAAUCAAAAUCAAAGAGUUUGUUAAUUUCAUCAACAAUUAUCAUGAUUUUGUUGAUGAUUUUUUGUCCUUUGUUAGAACUAAUUAUAGCAUUAGCUAAAGCAAAUAGUUUCUUAAGAACAACAGCACCAAUAAAAGUAAUAGGAAACAUACAAGUUGAAGUUAAUCGAAUUCCUCAGUUGAUGCGAAGAAUUGAUUUGUUUGAAGAAAACGUCAUUCAAAAUUAUGAUGUUGGCCCAAUUUCUGGUACAAUGACAGAGAUAAUUAAUGAGAGUUCGGCCAACAAAUCAUUGAAUUCUUAUUUAGAUGAAUUAGAAGCAAAUUUAGAUUCUUUUGUUGGUUCUUGUACAGAUGGAAAAAUUCCAUCAAAUAUUUGUGAACAAACAGUUACAUAUAAAUCCAAUAAUGAAUCAGCGAGUUCAUCUAUUAAUUUAUAUAAUUUAUUGUCUACUUUCUUGUUGUUUUCUAAUUCUACUCGAAAUAUGACAGAUUUUACAAAUCUCAAUUCCGAUGAAUCAUUUCAAUUUAUUUUAUUGAAUUUUGAUGAAAUUGUUUCAGGUAUUAGUUCAGUUAUGUGGUCAUUGAACUUAAGAAUCAAUGAUUACAAAGAGAGUUUCGAUAAAUUAGGAAUCAUUUAUUCUAUUACGACAAUUGUUGUUAUUUUUGUUAUUAUUGUUCCUUUAUUAAUUAUUUCAUUUUCUUCUGCUUCUUAUGAAAUUAAGUUUUAUUUGAGAUUAUUUUUCAGUAUCUCUAAAAGUGAAUUAACCACUUUAAAGAGUGAAUUAUCAUCUCGCCGCGAAAAGAAACAUUCAGAUCCAAGUACAGUCAAUGAUUCUAAUCCAGAUGAAAUUCAUUUACGUCAAGAAGAAUUAAUAGAAAGUCUUUCUAUUCUUCCGAAACAGACAACAGGUAUUUUUACUAGUUAUAUUAUUGUUUGUUGUAUUUUUCUUUUUAUUUCAUGUGUUUUAUCAUUUGUAGGAAUUAUAGUUUUCAUGGAUUCUAUGAAUCAAAUCAUUGAUAUGACGAAAUUAUACACAUUAUCUAUUUCUGUUUUUGCUUAUGCCGCAUCAGAAUCAGUUUGGUCGCAAGAAGUAUUUUCACAGAACUAUGUGAUUUUUAAUGAAUCACAAAUGGAUGAAGAUAUUCUUUAUUAUAUAGAUACAUUUGUUGAUAUGUUUAAUACUCUUCUUUAUGGAAAUCCUCCAUCAUUAGAACCAGUUUUAUUGUUAUCAUCUGAGUUAAGUGAAGCUUACGGAAAAAGUACUGAUAUUAAUGAAUCAUUAGUUAUUUCAGAACCAAUGUAUGGUUUAAUACAAGGUGUUUAUGAUUCAUUGAGUUGUGAUUCUCAAGUUUCUUUGAUUUACUCAAUUAGUCAAUGGAUAUUUAACAAAUCUAGUUCUAUCAAACUAACAUAUAAUGAUGGAUUUACAUAUCAUUAUGAACAUAUUUUGUUUGGUCAUCUUAUUCCUGGUUUACAGAAUGGAACUAAUUUAUUUUCAUCAACAGUUGAUGAUUUGAAUGCACAGAAACAAAAUGAACUAUUAAUUGUUUAUGUUUUGUUGAUUGUUAUCCAAUUAUUAUACAGUGUUGUAUUUAUUUAUGAUUAUUUGUCAUAUUUGUUGCAUCAUCUUGAAACACCAAGAAAACUUAUUUGUCUCAUUCCUCCAGAAGUCAUCAUGAAAAGUCCAACAAUUGUUAAAUGGUUUUCAGGAUCAUUAAAAGUCACAAAAGAUUUCAUUAUCGAAUCACGAAACGCAAUGAACAACGAAGAAGUUGAAUUUGCAUGCGAUUAUAGUAACUGCGCUGUUUGUUUACUUGAUGAAUUCCUCCAAUUACAACUGGCAAAUAAGCGAUUUUACGAAAUCACGAAAUCAGAAAUUGGAGAACCCAUCAGAACAAUUCUCAAUCGAACAUUGAUUGACAAAGACAAAUUGUCAAGUAUCCAAAGAUUGGAACGUUCAUCCAAGAAGAUGGUUGCAGGUGUUGCUAAAACAAACACAUUUGUCUUUGAUUCACUCAUUGCAAAUCCAAAUGGCGAAUUCAUCAAUGUCAAAGUGACAUUAAUUGGAUAUUCCGAUCCAGAUGAUUUCGGAAACAGAUCAUUAACAAAUGCACAAUCAUUUGCAUUGACAAUCCAAGACAACAAGAUCAUUCACGACCAAGAAGAUCUCAUCAAGUUCGAGCGUGAGAAAAUUGAAAGUCUUUGGUCAUUAAUUAUUCCCCCUGAAAUCCGAAAUAAACGGGAAUUCAGUCCAGACACAUAUUUCGACAUUGACGUUGGUUCUGUCAUUGUUGCUACAAUCAAUACAGAUAUCAUGACAUCGGAGAUUGUUUCCAUCACAAAGAAUGUCUUUUCAGCAUUAAAUUCUAGUUUAGAUGACGAAACAAUUCGAGUUCGAACAUGUGGUUUGUCAUUUGUAGCUGUUAAUGGUCUUUUCAACAAGAACAAAUCACCAGGCCAGUCUGCGACAGACAUUGCAUUGAAAAUGAUAUCAUCGACAUCGAAAAUUGUUGAUAGUCAAAAGGUAUCACUGAGUAUUGGCAUUCACACCGGCCGUGUUAAAUGCGGCAUGUGUGGUACAUUGUAUUCAGUUUUUGAUAUCUUCGGUGAGACAGCACAAAGUGCUAUUAAACUUUGUGAAUUCUGUCCUCCUUGGUUAGUCCACAUUAGUGAGCGAACAUACAACGACAUCAAGUACUUUAACUACAAAAUCAAAGAUGUCGGAACUGAAAAUAACAAUCACACAUAUUUAGUUUCUAAUAAUAAUAACUUUGAAUAA